AUUAAAGUUGACUGAAUUUAUAAAUAAAUUAGAAGCCGAUAGCCGUCCCGUGUCUAGAUUCAUUGAUGCCAGUGCUACAAUUGAUGCCAGUGCUCAGCUUCCAGGAAUUCGAGUCGAGCGAAUGUUCAGCGGCAGCCUCUGCACGGGCACUUCCUUCCUCUGCCGCCUACUCCUGAUCGCUAUUGCCACCUUUGUAUCGAUAACCAACACCAGUGGGAUUGGAGUUGACACGAUAACUCCCGCCCAUCCACUCUUCGACAAUGGCACAACCGUCGUCUCCGCCGGUCAAACCUUCGUGUUGGGCUUUUUCGGCUCCGGCAGACGGUACGUCGGCAUAUGGUAUUACAAGGUGUCAGUCCAGACCGUCGUGUGGGUCGCAAAUCGUGGCCGCCCCAUCACUCGCGGCCGUGGAAUCCUCUCCUUAGCCGCCGACGGAACGCUCACCAUCGUCACCGACGCGAACUCCACCGUCCUCUGGUCCUCCUCGAGCCCAAGCGCGUCGGGGUCCCUGUCGAGUCCGGUGGCGCAGCUCCUCGAUGAUGGGAACUUCGUCAUCCGGGAGUCGGGAAGCAGCAGCAGUUAUAGAUUGUGGCAGAGCUUCGACUUCCCGACGGACACGCUGCUCCCUGGCAUGAAGCUGGGGUGGAACCUCACGAGUGGGCUAAACCGCAACCUCACGGCGUGGACAAGCGAGACCGACCCGGCACCGAGCGGAUACGCGAUGGGGGUGGACUUGGAUGGCUACCCGGAGAUAUUCCUCUGGUCGGGGACGACCAAGAAGUGGCGGACGGGGCCAUGGAACGGCCUCCGCUUCAGCGGCAUCCCCGAAAUGAAGAGCUACGAUAGGCUAUCCUUCGACUUCGUGGUCCACCGCGACGAGGUCUUCUACUCCUUCUACAUACACGAUCCGGCGUACAUCUCGAGGCUGAUCGUUAACCAGUCGGGCAUCACGCAGCGGCUUGUGUGGAUCGAGCAGGACAAACAGUGGAACCCUUUCUGGUUCGCCCCCAAGGACCAGUGCGACAACGUGUCACCGUGCGGUCCUAACGGCAUCUGCAACCCCAACGAGUCGCCCAUAUGCGACUGCCUCCCGGGGUUCCAUCCCAGGAAUCCCUCGAAUUGGGAUUUCAGGGAUGGGAGGGAUGGCUGCCUGAGGAACACAGGUCUGGACUGCCGGAAUGGCACCGAUGGGUUCACCACCGUCGUCGGCGCGAAACUUCCGGACACAUCGAGAGCCGCAGUGGACAUGAGCCUCAGCCUCGACAGCUGCAAGAUCAUGUGCUUGCAGAAUUGCUCGUGCACUGCUUAUGCCGCCGCUAACAUCUCCGGUGUUGGGAGUGGAAUCGGCUGCAUCACGUGGACUUCCGAUCUGACGGAUCUCAGGGUGUACAUCAGCGGCGGACAGGAUCUCUAUGUCCGCCUUGCCGCCUCCGAUCUCGAUCUCGCACGGGCCGAAUCAAAAGGUUCUCGAAAGAAUACUUACAUUGUCAUUGCCAUUGUGGUGCUUGCUGUGACAAUUAUCCUCCUGUCCUGUGCUGCCUUUGUUUGGAGAAAGAAGAGAAUUAGCACGAGUAUUACAGGUAAUAAUUCCUUCUCAGAGCAAUAUCUUAAUGAAGAGAAUGAAGGACAGGACUUGGAGCUGCCACUCUUUGAUUUAGGCACAAUAACAGAUGCCACCGGCAACUUCUCCAUAGCUAACAAGCUCGGCGAAGGUGGCUUUGGUCCAGUAUAUAAGGGUCAACUGGGAGAGGAACAAGAAAUAGCUGUAAAGAGGCUAUCUAAAAGCUCAGUGCAAGGAGUCGACGAAUUCAAGAACGAAGUGGUGCUGAUUGCUAAGUUACAACAUAGAAAUCUUGUUCGACUUCUUGGUUGCUGCAUUCAAGGAGAAGAAAAAAUGCUGAUCUAUGAGUAUAUGCCCAAUAAAAGUUUGGAUGCUAACUUAUUUGACAAAGCAAGAGGCGCAUUGUUGGAUUGGAGAACACGAUACAAUAUCAUAGUAGGGAUUGCACGUGGGCUUCUUUACCUCCAUCAGGAUUCUAGAUUCAGAAUUAUCCAUAGAGAUUUGAAAGCCAGCAAUGUUCUUCUAGACAAGGAUAUGAAUCCGAAAAUAUCGGACUUUGGUAUGGCAAGAAUAUUUGGUGGAGAUGAAACAGAAGCGAAUACUAGAAAAGUAGUUGGGACAUAUGGGUAUAUGGCUCCUGAAUAUGCCAUGGAUGGAGUUUUUUCAGUGAAAUCUGACGUUUUUAGUUUCGGCGUAUUAGUUAUUGAAAUUAUAAGCGGGAAAAAGAAUAGGGGAGUUUAUAACUCUUCGCGCCAAUUGAAUCUUCUUGGACAUGCAUGGAGUCUGUAUAAAGAAGGGAAAAUCUUAGAUUUAGUUGAUGAAUCAGUUGACUAUUCAUUUCCUAUUACUGAAGUCAUGAGGUGCCUAAAGAUUGGUCUCUUGUGCGUCCAAAAUCGACCAGAAGAUCGACCAACAAUGUCGUCAGUUGUGUUAAUGUUGGGCAGUGAGGAUGCUGUGCUACCACAACCAAGAGAACUAGGAUUUGUUACUAAUAGAGGUCCACUCGAGUCAGAUUCAUCAACCAGCAAGCCAGAAUCUAUAUCGACCAAUCAUUUAUCAAUCACAAUUUUUGAAGGUCGAUAAUAGUAUUUGCAUGUAGGAGUUGCAUUCAUUAUAAAUGUAAAUGUAGAUCAAAGAUUAAUAGCCUUUUGUUUUGGGUUGUUGUUGUUGUUGUUGUUGUUGUUGUUGUUGUUGUUGUUGUUGUUGUUGUUGUUGUUGAUGAUGAGUGAUACUUUCCAUGAGCCAAACCAUUACAUUUU